GGCGACCUGGACCAUGGGCCAGCCCACUCCAGUGGCUCAAGCAUGUUCUGUCGCGUGACUUCCCUGACAUUUCCGAUGCGACCCUCAUCAAGCUUGCAGGGGACAGACUUCAGUGGAAGAACAUGGCUUCCCAAGUCACUGCACUAGAUGAAGACACUGUUCAUGUCGUUUACGAAACG